UAUAGCGGACCAGCGAAGGCCGAGCUCUAACAACACAGUGAUACUGUUCCAUUCUUGGCGGAUACAUUUUUUAUAUUCAUGUCUGAAUGAUGAAGACAUUUAUUAGAAUUUGUUCAGCGUAAACUCGUUCUCCAAUUUCUUGUUCUUGAUUUAAAACCCGUACAGAAUUAACAUAUUCUUUGAAGUUUUUCUUCUAUCGAUGGAUUUUUAACAAGAUUCCGAGGGACGAAAAAGCAAUAUACUUUAAUCUUUAUUCAUUCUGGAUAUAAAAAAAUCUCUGCAAUGACUAACUUCUCCGUGGACAAAGUUUUUGGUGAUGACAGUGAGCGCGAAGGCGCCAUGAACAACCAAACGGUUCUACAGAGCAUGUUUUUGGAUUCCUUUAGUAUCUCGGGCUCCAACGAGACCCCCGUGGCUUUUUACCAGCCCUACAUACUCGUACCGUUUCCAAAAGACCUGGCUUUCCCUGUGUACGGCAUUCUUGUCCCAAUCAUAACCAUUUUAACGUUGGUUUCUAACGUGCUCGUCAUUUGCGUGUUUUUGAAGAAGAAGAUGCGUUCAGUGACCACGCUGUUUCUCGCUGGCUUGGCUUGCUCGGACACGCUCUCUGUUAUUUUAUGGUGUGUGGGGCAUCUUUAUUUUUACGGAAUAAAAAGUGACUACACGAUUCCGGUGCAGUAUCCUCUGUGCGUUUUUCACGACUAUGCUUUGUACUUGGCUGUGAUGUUCCACGCGACUUCUGUAUGGCUAACAACGACGCUUGGCGUUCAGCGUUGUAUCAUUGUCGUAAAACCAUUCUGGGGACCGAGACUAUGGACAAUGAAGAAGUCCGCAUUCAUGACUGUCCUAGCUUAUCUCUUGUCCGUGUUUUUCCUUCCUUUGUUUUUCAUGAAUAAUUACACGGAGAUUGAAAUCACUGAAAACAAUACCACUUCUCUUGUUUGUGGUGUUAAAUUGGACCCCUUUUUCUAUGAAAGACUCUACGAAUAUUCCAUCAUUAACUACUCAUUUCGGGGUAUAUUUGUGCAGUUUUUACCCUGUACCCUGAUGCUGAUCACGACUUUUGUCCUUGCUUACAAACUUAAGCAUGGUAAGAUCCUUCAGCGCUGUAUCUCCUCGGCAGCCGAGGGGCCAAAAAGAGACUUCCAGCACAGACAGCGGACCACUUUAAUGGUGGUUAUCAUAAUGGUCAUAUUUCUAGUGGUGGAAAUCCCUAAUGGAGUCGUGUUCGGGAUCAAGGUUUACGAGGACCUGACGAAUCGCUUAAUCAUUGAUAAUGAAACAGACUACUCCAUUGCCAUCCUGCAGAACUUUGUCCUUUUGUUGAGUUACCACUGUAACUUUUGGAUAUAUGUUGCUUUAAGUGCCAGAUUCAGAGAAACCUUGAAAGCCUUAAUUUGUCGAUUUAAGGUGAAAUACACAUUCGAGAGAAUGAUGACAGUGAGUAGUUUUUCUCCUGCUAACUCAUUCAAGCGGAAGAGAGAUAUUAGAUAUGGCGCAAACGGAUGUCACGAAAUCAGGUGCGACUUUGAGUCAAAGACGUAUUUCUCGAACUUGAAUGGCAAUAGCGAAUAAAGGGUCAAUGGACAGGCAUUAAAAUUUCCUAUGAAUGUAAAAUAAUUAAAAAUUGCGAAGCAGACCUG